AUGGCAUCUUUUAGCCCAUUUGUUACUAUUCUUAAUCAAAACAAACUGAUUGGAUCCAACUAUGUUAACUGGAAAAGAAACUUAGACAUUGUUCUUACUACUGAAGCAUACAAAUUUGUACUUAAUCAACCAUGUCCAAACUUUCCUUCAUUAGAUGCUCCUACUAAGGAAAAACAGCGAUAUGAUCGUUGGCAAAAAUCUAAUGAGAUGGAUAAGUGCUAUAUCCUAGCAUCUAUUUCAAAUGUUCUACAACAUCAAAUGCAGGAUGUGGAACUAGCUUCAGACAUAAUGUUAAGUUCGAAGGAGAUGUUUGGUGAGCAAGGUCGUUUAGCUAGGAAAGAUACUAUGAGGAUUAUCUUGAAUACCAAGAUGGCUCAAGGGACUCCAAUAAGAGAGCAUUGUCUUAAGAUGAUCUCUUAUUUGAAUACAUUGGAGAUUUUAGGUGCCGACAUUGAUGGAGAAUCCCAUGUAGAUAUGAUACUUUAA